AUGAGAGAAAUCCUUCAUGUACAAGCUGGUCAAUGUGGAAAUCAAAUUGGUGGAAAGUUUUGGGAGGUUAUGUGUGAUGAACAUGGGAUAGAUCCUUCAGGAAGUUAUGUAGGAAACUCACCCCUUCAACUUGAGAGGGUGAAUGUUUACUACAAUGAAGCAAGUGGUGGAAGAUAUGUUCCUAGAGCUGUUCUUAUGGAUCUUGAACCAGGUACUAUGGAUAGUUUGCGUUGCGGUCCGUUCGGGAAAAUAUUUAGGCCUGAUAACUUCGUGUUCGGACAAAAUGGAGCUGGUAAUAAUUGGGCUAAAGGACAUUAUACCGAAGGAGCCGAGCUUAUUGAUUCUGUCCUCGAUGUUGUUCGUAAAGAAGCCGAGAAUUGUGAUUGCUUGCAAGGUUUUCAAAUUUGUCAUUCAUUGGGAGGUGGAACUGGUUCAGGAAUGGGUACUUUGCUCAUUUCAAAGAUCAGAGAAGAGUAUCCUGAUAGAAUGAUGUUGACGUUCUCGGUGUUUCCUUCUCCGAAGGUUUCUGAUACCGUGGUGGAACCCUACAAUGCAACUCUUUCUGUUCAUCAGCUAGUUGAGAAUGCAGACGAAUGCAUGGUUCUUGAUAAUGAAGCACUCUAUGAUAUCUGUUUCAGAACUCUCAAGCUCACUAAUCCAAGUUUUGGUGAUUUGAACCAUUUGAUCUCAACAACAAUGAGUGGAGUAACAUGUUGCCUCCGAUUUCCCGGCCAACUCAACUCGGAUCUUCGAAAACUAGCAGUUAAUCUCAUUCCUUUCCCACGUCUACACUUUUUCAUGGUUGGUUUUGCGCCCUUAACAUCAAGAGGUUCUCAACAAUACAGUUCCCUCACAAUUCCAGAACUGACACAACAAAUGUGGGAUGCAAGAAACAUGAUGUGUGCCGCAGAUCCACGACACGGUAGAUACUUAACCGCCUCGGCAAUGUUCCGCGGCAAAAUGAGCACGAAAGAAGUUGAUCAACAGAUGAUCAAUGUUCAGAACAAGAACUCGUCUUACUUCGUCGAAUGGAUACCAAACAAUGUGAAAUCAAGUGUCUGUGACAUUCCUCCAACAGGAUUAUCGAUGUCUUCGACGUUUAUGGGGAAUUCGACGUCGAUUCAAGAGAUGUUCAGGCGUGUUUCGGAGCAGUUUACUGUUAUGUUUAAGAGAAAGGCUUUCUUGCAUUGGUAUACUGCUGAAGGUAUGGAUGAGAUGGAGUUUACGGAGGCUGAGAGUAAUAUGAAUGACUUGGUUGCUGAGUAUCAACAAUAUCAAGAUGCUGCUGCAAUGGAAGAUGGCGAGGUUGAUGAAGAGGAAGACGACGAGGACAUUGCUUAG